GCUCGUUAUUCUCCAAAUGUAGCACAUGCAGAAACGCCUGAUGAGGAAGCUGAAGCCGCGGAUAGAUUAACACCUUUAAGAUCGGAAAUGCGUUCGCUUUCUUCUGGAGGCUGGGGAGGAGGGUCUUCUAGUCCGAGAAUGUCUCAAAGAUCGCUCAUAUUUCGCACACAUGUAGGCGAUACUCUUGAAGAGGAAGACGAUGAAUAUUUGGAUAAUAAUUUCCAAGGAGGGCUUUUGGAUAGUGAUAGAUUAAAACAACACAACAGGCAUCAUUUACCUAUUUUAUCAGCAGAUAAUAUUGUUGAUGAAGAUGUUUCUCCCUCCUCUCCUUCUUCCUCUUCUAAUUCCGACGGGGGAAGAACAUAUGAAAUGAGUGAAGAGGAAAGCUCUGAAUUUUUCGAGUUAAGUGCCCCGUUACAAGACGCACUCGAAACAAUUAACGAUCACUUAAUGCAAGAGGCAAUGAAAACAUCAUUAAAAAUGGGGGAGAAAAGUGAAAAACAACAACAAGAACAACAACCAAAAAACAAUCAACUUGAAUGGGCUUAUAAAUAUGCACAACAUGAGUGGCUUAAAAUGGCAACAAAAAAGAACACGAAUGCCGAGGCUGUCGAACAAUUCAUUGAUGCCCUCGAGUCUUACUCUACACAAUUAAUGGAUACGGUAAUUAACAUAACUGACCAAAACGGAAAUACAGCCCUCCAUUAUGCUGUUUCUAACGAAAAUUUUGAUGUAAUAUCUGUCCUUCUUGACUCUAAAGUUUGUCGAAUUGAUCAAAUGAACACUGCUGGAUAUUCAACUUUAAUGUUGGGUGCUUUGUGUGAAUUGAGGAAUGAAACAGAGUCUGCUAUUAUGCAAAGAUUGUUUCAUAUGGGGAAUGUUAAUGCUAAAGCUGUUAAGCACGCUCAAACCGCCCUAAUGUUAGCUGCUUCACAUGGACGUAUUGAAGCAACAAAUUUAUUGCUUAAAUGUGGGGCUGAUGUUAACAUUCAAGAUGUAGACGGUUCCACAGCAUUAAUGUGUGCUGCAGAACAUGGACAAAAAGAAAUUGUUAAAAUUUUGUUAAAACAGCCAAAUAUAGAUGCUUCACUUAAUGACUGCGACAACCAAACAGCACUUUCUAUAGCCGUCGAAAAUCAUUAUAGAGAUAUUGGCGUUUUAAUUUAUGCACACUUAAAUUUUAGUAGAUCAACUGAAGUUGCUUCUACUUCUAAUUCAAGUUCAACUUUAACAACACAGACUUGA